AUGAACGAGCGUCGCCAGGAUGUUCGUCAGCCUUCGCGCUCGAAUAGUAAUCAGUCUGCAUCCAGCAGCCCCACAUCCCUAGAUACUGUGGUCUUUGCUGCUCCCACCACUGCUACCGUCCCUCCUGCAGCUGACAGCGAACGACGAGCCCGUAGCCUCCCCUCUUCUACCUCUGACUCUAGUGCAAAGUCUGUAUCUGCCGACUACUCAUCUUCCUCUCUCAAUGGCUCUUCCACACACUCUUCCUCCACCACUACCACUAACACUUUAUCUUCGUACGACUCCUCCUCCUACUCAUCUACGGAGAAUACCACCUCUUCCUCUUCUUACUCCUCUUAUUCAUCUUCUACCUCUACAUCGCCGCGCGAUCCUGCAGUCAAAUCGGCAGCGAUGUCUUCCGAGCGGGGCUCACCUAUUCGUUUAAAGCGGCCGAGGGAAUUAAAGCCUGCGGAAGGCGCAUUGUCUGCUCCAUUGGGUAAGGGCGAAAAGGAGGAUGAAGAGGCGUUGGUAGUAGCGGUGGAGAAUGACCCCCUACUACCUCCCCCACCCGUCAAAGUGGAGCGGAGUGAAGGAAGCGGUGAGCUGCCGACGCACCCCUGCGACUGCCGUUGCUACUGUUCUUGGCAUUCGGUAGCUCCUGAGCCGGUGGUCCUCGUCGCGUGCGGAUCAUUCAACCCCAUCACCACUAUGCAUCUUCGUAUGAUGGAGUUAGCACGAGACGCCGUUGAAAAAACAUGGUCAUUUCAGCAGCAGCAUCACCAACAGAAACUGCCUCAGACAGAUGACGGCGAAGGGCUGAGGAAGAAGGGAAAUUCUUUACCCAGUCAGCACCUGCUUAAGCCCCGACGUCAAGUGGUGGUGGUGGGCAUCCUAUCUCCGGUAUCCGACGCUUACGCGAAAGAGGGUCUGGCUUCAGCGGCGUCUCGCUGCCGCCUGGCGCGCCUAGCCUGUGCCACCACUUCUGAUUGGUUGGCUGUGGACUCCUGGGAGGCCUCUCGCACUCAAUGGACACCUACCCGAUGCGUUCUCGAACGUAUCCAGGCGCGCAUGCGCCGAAUUUUUCAACAUCUGGAUGGUGUUGAAGGUGGUGAGUCCGUGGCAGCGGUAGGGACAGAAGCGGCGACCUUCGAUCCGAAUGAUUUCGAGGAUCCGCGGCUUGGCGAAAUCUCGGGUUUGCAGGGAGAGGAUGACAAGACGGCAAAAACGAUGCAUAGUGGCUCUGCGACAAACGCGUGGCUGGCAGCGCACCUGCGCGCCGUCCGUGACGCGGAGGCUGCGGAAGAAGCACAGCCUAGUGGUCGGUGUUGCUGUGGCCGUCGGCAAUAUCCCGCGUCGUUUUCUGCUCCUUCCGCUUUGCUCCCAGUCCGGGUUAAGCUCGUCUGUGGUGCAGAUCUCCUCGAGUCCUUCAACACACCCAAUCUUUGGUCGGAGGACGAUUAUCGAGUGACCACUGUAGAAUUAAUGCUCCAGAUGACUGCAUUAGUACGCGAUUACGGUAUAGUCUGCAUAAGCCGACCCGGUUCUAACGCCGCCCGUCUCCUCUACGAGAUGGACCUUCUUUCUCGCUAUGAGCAAAACGUGAUCCUGGCGACCGAGUGGUGCCAGAACGGGCUAAGUGCCACCUUGGUACGAAGGGCCUUGGCACGGGGCCAGUCGGUGCGCUACCUUGUGCCCGACGCCGCGCUGGAGGAGAUUUACGCACACGGUCUCUAUGGCGCCGCGAGGCCUCCACGUUCGCGACCGAGGCCGUCACCCCGCCUCCUCAUCCUUGUUCCACCUCCGCCCGUAAUCCCUUCACUUUUGCCACCUCAGGUGAAGGAAGAGGAGGAGGAGGAGGAGGAGGAGGCACUGCGUCGUCGUCCUCAGCAUCCCUCCACCUGCACUGCGGAUAAAACGUGGUCCCUUUUUUUCGAACAUGUUCACAUUGUGGAAGUGGUUUUUAAACAACUUGCCAUUGUUAUGAGGGACCUUAUUCUUCAUCCUCUUGCGAAAAUACGGGCUAUGGUCUACAAACUCCGACCUAAUUAUAUGCGCUUGAUCAACAUUGGGAAGUAUUCAGAUCUUUGA